AUGACAGAUAAGGAGAUCGAGCAGAAAGAAAUGAAUCUGAACCAAACAACUCCCCACAUUUUACCCCCAAACCCCAGACCUGGAUUUCCUGGUUACUAUGCACUUAUCCCUUUUAUCUUCCUCACACUUAUUGGAUGUGUGGUGGCAGUGGUGGUUUAUAUCAGAAGGCAGUCGAGAUUAGAUGCACUACGCCACAGGCUGAUUCCUCUGUACAGCUACGACCCCACAGAGGAACAAGAUGAGUGGCCGGACGCUAGCAGGGAGGAGGAGGAGGAGCUGGCUGAACCUUUGUAUAAGGAGGGGAAGCUUUCAUUUUCAUCCGCCUAUGGAACAUGA